GGAUCUGGGUCUGGGAGGUGGUGUCACCGAGCGCGGUGUUACUGAGGGAGUGGCAGGAAAUGGAGGCCUGAGCCGAGGCAUCUGUGCAGACAGCCGUGCUUUUGCGCGGGGCCCGCUUGACUUAGGUGUAGGCAGUCCUUUGAGGGGGCCCAUCAGCUGGGCAGGAACUUCCUGUCUAAGUUGGGGAGCUUCUCUCUGGAGAGCAGCCCCUAACCCCCCCCCCCCUUUUUUCCCCUCUCUGCUGCAGGGAUCUGCUACACCAUUUUUGACUUGGGCUUCCGCUUUGAUGUGGCAUGGUUCUUGACAGAGACUUCCCCCUUCAUGUGGUCAAACCUGGGCAUUGGCUUAGCUAUCUCCCUGUCUGUGGUUGGGGCAGCGUGGGGCAUCUAUAUUACUGGCUCAUCCAUCAUUGGGGGAGGGGUGAAGGCCCCUCGGAUCAAGACCAAGAACCUGGUCAGCAUCAUCUUCUGUGAGGCUGUGGCUAUCUACGGCAUCAUCAUGGCAAUUGUCCUUAGCAACAUGGCUGAGCCUUUCAGUGCCACUGACCCCAAAGCCAUUGGCCACCGAAACUAUCAUGCAGGCUACUCCAUGUUCGGAGCCGGCCUCACUGUGGGCCUGUCUAACCUCUUCUGUGGCGUCUGCGUGGGCAUCGUGGGCAGUGGGGCCGCCCUGGCUGAUGCCCAGAACCCCAGCCUCUUUGUGAAGAUUCUUAUCGUGGAGAUCUUCGGCAGCGCCAUCGGCCUCUUUGGGGUCAUCGUCGCGAUCCUACAGACCUCCAGAGUGAAGAUGGGUGACUAGACGGUCUGUGUGGGGCCGCGCCCCACUCUUAUUUAUUUGUGGUUUUCCUGGGGCAGCUGGAGCUGUGCCCCUUUCGCAGGGCUCGGUGUUCUGGGCCCUCCCUGCACUCACUUCUUGCUGCCUGUCGACUUGGAGGCACUGCCUGGCUGGAUCCUCAGUGUGGGGAGUGGGCUGCUGAUGACUGUGCAGCUCUGCACCUGCGUCCCACCUCCACCCCCAACCUGUCUUCCCAGUGUUUGUGAAAUAAAUGUGGUAUUUGUCUGGGUCA